AUCUAACCUACAAAAAAUAUCUAUCUAUUUCUCUAUACAUACAUUCAUACACCUUCCUUUUCUUAUCUAUCUCAGGUUCUGUCUCUAAACUUAGCUCAAAAUAUCUAAGCAGAGGAAAGAGAACACACACACACAAAAACUCUCAACUAUCUUAAGAUAAAAGUUAUGGUUUUUUUCUGAAAAAGCAAACCCCUUUUGCUUAUAGAUCUUGUCCUCUUUCUCUUCCUUGCCGUAAGCUUCUGAAUUCACAGUAUUGAAAUUCUGCUUUUAUUAUCUGAAGGCUACAAAGUUAUAGGACAAAAAGAAUCAGUUUAAAGAUGGGUUAUGUAUGUGAUUUUUGUGGACAACAAAGGUCCAUGGUGUACUGCCGAUCCGAUGCUGCGUGUUUAUGUUUGUCGUGUGAUCGAAAUGUUCAUUCUGCGAAUACGCUCGCUCGAAGACAUUCAAGGACUCUUUUAUGUGAGAGAUGCAGUUCACAACCUGCUUUGGUUAGAUGUUCUGAAGAAAAAAUUUCACUUUGUCAGAAUUGUGAUUGGUUGGGCCAUGGUAACUCAACAUCUUCCACACAUAAGAGACAAACAAUCAAUUGCUACUCGGGUUGUCCUUCAUCGGCCGAACUGUCUUCUAUUUGGUCUUUUGUGUUAGAUAUCCCUUCUUUGAGUGAAACUACAUGUGAGCAAGAACUUGGUUUCAUGAGUAUUAAUGAGAAUAGAAGUGCUUGGGUUGCUCCAAAAAACCAGAAUGUUUCUGAUUCAGAUCAAGUUACUGAUUUACCUGAUAUGGAUAAGUCUUGGGCUGGUACAUCUUCAAAGCCCGAAUCAAGCUCAGAACCGCGUUUACUCGACCAUUCACCUGGAUCUACCAAAGAAUGUGUGCCAAAGUUAUACUGUUCUGCAACAAAAUGCCCCGAAGAACGUGAAGAUAAGGAUGAUCUGUACGGAGAUUUUGAUAUGGACGAAAUGGAUAUAAAUAUUGAGAACUAUGACGAACUUUUUGGUAUGGCCCUUACUCAUUCUGAAGAGCUUUUUGAAAACGGUGGAUUUAACAGUUUAUUUGGGGCAAAGGAGAUGUCGGCUGGAGAUUCCGAUUGUCAAGAUGCUAUUGCUGCUGAGGGUUCAUCAGUUGGACAUUUCAAUGCAACACAGCCAGCAUGCAGCAAUGCAGCAUCUGCAGAUUCCAUAUUGAGUACUAAAACAGAACCGAAUCUUUGUAUCACGGCAAAGCAAGCUCAAUCAAACCUUUCUUUUUCCGGUAUUAAUGAAGAGAGUGGUGGUGCUGGAGACUAUCAAGAUUGUGGUGCUUCUUCAAUGCUUCUCAUGGGAGAACCUCCAUGGUUAAACACUUGUCCUGAGAAUGACCUACAACUUCAAUCUGCAAACCGCAGUAGCGCUGUUAUGCGAUAUAAGGAAAAGAAGAAAACACGCAAGUUUGACAAGAGAGUGAGGUAUGCAUCUCGCAAGGAAAGAGCUGAUGUCCGAAGGCGCGUGAAGGGCCGGUUUGUCAAAGCCGGCGAUGUCUACGAUUAUGACCCUUUGAGCCAAACCAGAAGCUACUGAGUAUACAGUUUUUAACCAUGUUUAUUAAAAGGAAUGAAACAAUUUUGCUGAAAAGUGGAUGAAAAUUGAUGCAUUCUUUAUCUGUAAAAUGACAAACUUUCUGAUUUUAUCACAGGGAUUUAGCUUUCUUCAUGGACAAAAAAAGGGUCUAAGAAGGUUGUUUUCAACAUUAUAAACUCAGAAGCUGAUUCUUUGUUCAUCACUGCCAAGUAUAGCCAAAGUGUUUGGAUUAUCACACAAAGUGUCCUCUUCAGGCAAUGUUAAACUUAGUGUUAAACUUGGCAAAUUCUAACUUCUUGAUUCUUCUCUAAGAAUUAAGAAGUAUUGUAGGUUUUUUGUCCUUAGCAGCAAUACACCAUGUUUGUCAUGUGAUUAUUAUGUAAACUCUCAUGUGUUAUAGAAGUGCCUGAGAAGGCAUGAUGAGUUUCUUAAUUUGACACUUUCAGAUUGUAUAUUGUAAUAUUUGGUCUCUCUCUGCUUAGACAUGGAUAGCACAAAAUUUACAUGUAUGCAGUUAGAUGUAUAAAUGCCAAAUGGAUCUGACCUCAGACAAACUGUAAAGGAUAUUCAAUGGUGUACUAUGUAUAAAAUACGGUACCAUGUAUGGUAUUGGAAAUGUACCAAUACAAGUUUUGUUUGUGACUUGAGAA